UCAAGUUUUCAUCAACUGGGAGGGGCCUCAAAAUCGUGGCAAAAUCUUCAACACAUGUGCAAGUUUUUGCCUUCACUGAAAAUAUUUCCAAACUACACACUUUCCACUUUCCACUACACUCUGCGAUUGCAUACCCAGCCAGAGUAGUAGUAGUAGUAGAGUGUUCUUUUUUGGGUGAAUGGAAAUGGCAACCUCUUCCUUCAUCCUAGGUUCAAAUUUCAAGUGCAUGUUCUCUUCGAAGAAUACUAAAAUUCUGUCUGGUUUUGGUGGAUUCAAACACCCAUACCCACAUGGGUUAUUCAGCAAAAGCUUCCAUUUUUACACACUGUCUCCUAGAAUGGUGGCAGGGAGAACAAAGAUGGUUUCUAAUGUGUAUGUUGGCAGGGACACAAGUAUCAGAAUCAGUAGCAAGAUGUUCACCGAAUUGGAUUCUUGUCUGGUGAUACCACCUACACCCUAUCGUGCCAAGCCAAGGGCUAUAGUCAAAUUCCUCGGUGGUGCCUUCAUUGGUGCUGUUCCUGAAGUUACCUAUGGGUACCUAAUAGAGUGUUUGGCAAAGGAAGGUUUUCUUGUUGUGGUGGUGCCUUACAAUGUGACAUUUGACCAUGCUCAAGCUGCUAAACAAGUGUAUGAGAAGUUUCACACUUGUUUGGAUACACUCCUUACAUCUGGGUUGCCUCAAGCCAAUUUGUCACCUGCUCAGCUUGGAGACCUUCCUCUUUUCUGUGUUGGUCAUAGCAAUGGUGCACUUCUUCAACUACUCACAGGAAGCUUAUUUUCUGAGAAAUUACCCAAGGCUAAUGCCAUAAUCGCAUACAACAAUAGGCCAGCAACGGAGGCAGUCCCUUACUUUGAGCAGUUGGGUCCUGCAGUCAGCCAGAUGAUGCCGGUUAUGGAAACAAAUCCUGUUUAUUCAAUAGCUAGAAAUGCAUCAGGAGACGCGUGGAAGAUGAUGCUGGAUUCUUUUGGAUCAAUUAUACAGGAAAGCGAGCAAGAACUUCUGAAUUCCUUAACUAAAUUUGUUGAUCAGUUACCAUCAGUAAUGAAUGAGAUUACACAAGGAGUAUCCGAGUUCAAGCCAACACCAUCUGAGAACCGUGAUUGCUUCAAAUGUUCAUACAAUGUUGAAAAUACAUUAUUGGUGAAAUUCAAUUCUGACGCAAUUGAUGAGACAGACAUUCUUGAAGAAACACUUAAACCUCGUGUGGAGUCUUUUGGUGGGACAUUGGAAAAAGUACUACUUAAUGGUAACCACAUUACAGCUUGCAUUCAGGAACCAAGAUGGCAAGUGGGUAAAUUGUAUACUCCAGCAGAUGCUGUUGCUCAAGUGCUUAAAUCUCUUUCUUUGAGUGAUACUAGAAUCCUUGCCAGAACCAUUAGCGACUGGUUCAGACGUUUUGAAGAUUGAAGUGCAAGGAAAGAUUUAUAUUGCUUGGAUAAAAAAUAAUGAGAUAUGAUAUUAGCUACUGGAACAGAGUCCAAAGGUGAUGAUUGAAGUCCUUUGUAGUGUAUAUAGCACAAAGGUUAAAUUGUGUCGCUGUACUUGUAUCAUUUAGUGGAUGUUGGAAAUACUUCUGCAAUCAUUUCUAAAGUCAAAAUCAAUUUUUAAGAGAAGCUUCUGUGAAUAGCUUCAGGAUGUUGGAAUUGAUUCAGGUGAAAAAGAAACAUUUACAUGUGCUUCUUUUACACCAAAUUUAUGUAUAAUUUCAGGCUGAAUAUUCUAUGAAGGGUUGAAAAUCUACCUAAA